AUGGACAUUCGCAUCGACUCUGUGAAUACUUCAAACCUCGACUAUGCCAAAUAUCUCAAUGACUCCAAAUCCUCCAAGCACUCAUCCAGCCACAAGGCAAAUCUAUCGGGCGCAACAAUGCUUGACUUGCUUAGUGGCACUGAAGGUUCCAUCGCUGCCGCGUAUCAAACUUCGCAUUCGAAGCCUCAGCCGUCGAGACCAGGGCGCCCUUCAGAUGUCUCCUCAAGCAAGAAUGAAUUGCGACAAACAAAUCGGAUGCUGGUGGAAAUAGUCCAGAACGCCCAAUUGGAACUCGCGACGCAAAGACAAACGAUGCUCGACAUGCAAUCGCGGAUCCUCCAGCUCGAACAUGUCUUGUACAAGAGUAACAGCAGCGCCCCAGAAUCGUGCGCAAGCGGCGCCACCACUACCACCACACAACGAGUAGCUUCUCAAACCAAACCUGUAGAAGAGAAGAUACUCGUCAAUCCAGCAGCCCAACACCAAGCAUCAGGCCUCUCCGUCACCCCUACCAACAAGCCCGAAUUCUGGAAAUCACCCAGCCGCUUCUCCGGCUUCAACUUCAACUUCGACCUCCUCGAAACCGUCCCAAGAAGUUCCAAACCGUCCCUGCAAUCGCAAAAACAACAACAAAAACAGCAUCGACAGCAAAGGCACCCCUCCGAAGCUCCAAAAGUCUACAAACCCUCCCGACCCCCAGCGCCUCCCUCCAAGUCCCCUCAUAACACCACACAACAAGCUGCACCCCACAACCACCGCACUCUCACCAAAAAACCUUCAGAAGCAACACUACUCACCCGCCCAACCCCCGCCCACGACACAGUAAGCGACAUAAAAGAGCAAAUAGUCGAGUACGAACACGUCAAAAUCCCUUUUCCACCACUCCUCCACUCGCCGCCCAAAACCGCGCGCAGUAGACUGGCGCCAACGGUGCAGAGCAGAGACGACGAGUUGACGGCGUUGCCGCAGAUGCCGGAGCAGGUGCAGCCUGUGCAAGAGCAGGUGGCGGGGAAGGGGGCGAGGAGGGGGAUAAAGAAUAUACUGAUUAGCCGGCCUUUUUCGAGGAGUUUUAGGAUUGAUUGUGCGAAUGGGCUGGAGAGGCGGGCAAGUCAUUUUGGGGUACUUUCAUGA